AUGGGAUAUCCGCUUGGUGUCCUACCAAACUAUACUCGACAUCCGACAGAACUAGCCCUGAAGAUCAAAGAGAAGCGGUUAUCAUGGAGCGGUGACGACUUCACGAUCCGUGAUGCGAUGACAGAAACUCCUAUAUUUCGCGUAAAUGGCAAGACAUUUACAUGGCAUGGGCGGCAACAGCUCGUCGAUGCCCAAGGCGCUCCACUCAUGGAUAUCUCGUUCGAGCCUAUGCAUUUUGUGCAUUCAGUAUUCAACGGACAUGAUCCUGUUACCAAAGAGCGGCUCUUCAGAAUUCGCUCCAAGGUCUCCUUCGGCGCGAACCUAAUUAUCACGUUCCAGAACAAGUGCGGCCCGUACGCAGGACGCGAGAUGGAGCUCUCUCUCAAGGGCGACUUCUUUGCACGCGAAGCGACGAUACAAUACGAUGGAGCAGUCAUCGCGCGAAUAGAUCGCAAAUUCUGGAAUUCGCGGCAGUUCAUCUUCGAUCAACAGUCCUAUAUACUGACCGUCGGACCCGGCGUGGAUAUUGCAUUCAUGGUAGCUCUUUGUCUAUGCCUAGACCAAUUGCGUGACGAUGGCGGCGCGCCUGCGAACGGCGUCGGCGCAGUGAUUGACCUUGCGUUGUAA